CAUCAAUUGCAUCACACCACUACCACUACUACUACUACUAUCCACUCAAACACUCACCCCCAAUCUCCAAGAUGCUCGCAGCCGCUAAACUGAUCGACUCAUAUGAGAUGGACCCUGAUGUCUCGUGGCUCGAGGUUUUCGCAUACUCGGGAGUUAGCGCUGCUUUAUGCGCUACCAUAUGGGUCGCAGCCAAAGCAUGCUGAGACUGCAGUGCCAGAUCAGCACCUCUAUCAUCUACCCAGCCCAACAGAGGAAGAAUUGCCUGUCGCAAAUCUCAGCAUUCUUCCACUUCGGCCCCACGAAUGAAUCAUUUCCCAACUGGGUUUCGUUGCGGGGAUCUUCACAAGGAACUUCGACAAAUCCCCUCGCUUGAAAUCAACACUCCUUCACUAUGAUCAAUAUCGUUUGUCGUACGGGCUAAACAAUGUCAAGCCAUGUCGAGACAAUCAAGGGACACAGCACUGAUUCGCCCACCAUGGUUCCAGACUGCUUUCAGCACGAUUGGUUGGAUAGAUGGAGAAGAUGCGGUUCACGGUUAAAAAAGUAUACUAGAAAUAUAUAUUGAAAGUCCAUCAUUCAAGUUACAUGGGAAACGUUUUCCGCUCUUCUAUUCCAUU